AGAACCUUCGCAGAAAAGUAUAAACUGUCGAACUGUGUACCACUUGAUCACCAACGCGAGAUCUGAUUCACUUCUGCCUCUCUGUUUUCUGCCAAAGUGGCGGACAGUGCAGAACGCGACGAUUCGGACAAUGCCAACUGCCAUGACGCAAUGAACAUCUCGUGCGGAUAUGGCGGCGAUUGAGUUUCUCGAUGGUUGAAUUUUCGAGAUAUCGAUACAUUCGGUGCGCCGCUCUCGCUCGAGGCGAGAGCACUUCGAUUAUGCGAGGAUCCAUUUAUUCAUCAAUAAUCACGUAAUCUGCAGUUGCACCAGAAGGGGGACAGUCAUGGUGAAUUGCUAUGGAAACAUGUGUAAAACUUUGUUGGGCCACAAACCCCAAUGAAUCCAGUCGGUUAAGUCAACCUAUGUAGAAAGACGUCUACGAAACGCGUCUACGAAUUCUUUAAAUUAAAUUUCCUAUCGGAAAAAUUAUUGAAUUUCGAUAACAAUCAAUGUCGCAACUUUGUGCGUGUAAUAAUGAAUGGAAGUCUAAAUCACAAAGAAGGCAAAAAGGAAAGACGAAUGCCAUCAUGCGAAAAAAUGAGUUUUACCGAAAGCACGAAGUACAAGAAGUCACUAUUUCAACUGAAGCAACAGGAGAGUUUGAUGGAAAAGAAUCUAUUUAACUUGGCAGAGAAUAUGAAAUUGAAAUCAAAAGUUGAACAACUUCUUUGGCACGAUAUGAAUGACAUCCCCAGAAAGAGGGAAAUUUUGCUGGAUAGUGUAAAAAAAUCUUUAGAAGAAAUUACGGAGGAGGUCAAUUCGGCGAAAUCCCUCAUGGACUGUCCCGAACAAAUUAAAAACUUAGAUACAAACUCAUAUAAACAGCGACUUGUGAAACUGUCGCAAAAGAUUCGAGACUUCGAAGAGUCCUGCCAGUUUGAGUCCUUGACGCAGGAGCAAACGACGUUGGAAUCCGAAUUACGUGAAUUUGAGUUGAAUUUACACAAGUACCAGAAUGUUACCCGUAACGUUAACAAACCGACGUUUGCCGCGUCCUCCAGCAAGAACGUUAAAGACAGUCAGGAUUAUAAGGAGGUCCAAGAAUUUCAUGCGCUAAUUGCUAAAACAGGUCACACCGACAACUGGAGCGACGAAGAUCACCUGCUGUUCCUGAAGACACGGCAGAAAUGCAGCAGCAUACCUGCCAUGGUGGCCGCCAUUCAGGUCAAAUGUCCGGAUUUAACUGCAGAGAACAUAGUGAAUCAUGAGGCUUGGUACAAGGUUUACUCGAACCUGCGUGAGAAGCAACGGUCGACCGUCCGAGAGUGGCGCAAACAGAAAGACACAGAGAAAGCGAGGAGGACCCGUGAAAACGAAACUGCGGUCAAAAACGCGGGGGAAAUCUCUCGCGGAAAAUCGAACCCCGAUAUCACAAAGGAACUUCCACCUCGCGCGACCAAUAAACGCGAGACAAAAGCAGCGAUUCCUGGCAAAGUCGUCGAUGACGAUGACGCCAAUCAGAAGAAGGAAUUAAUAAGACAGUGGAAGAUAGAGAAGGAAAAUAAACGUCUCAUGGAGGAGCAACAGUCCAAGAUGUUGACGGAAUCGAAGCUUGCAGCGGAAGAGAAACGCAAGCAAGAAAAAUUGAAGAAAAUCCAAGCGGUUUUGGCGGAAUACCACGAGAAGAAAUUAACGGAGCUCUCCACCAAAGCAUCGAAAAACGACUCGAGAGCAGAAUGGAAGUACGAUCCGGCGUUGAUCGAGGCUUUUAGGAAACAGGACGAGGAGUAUACGAGAAGGAAGAAAAAUAUAAUAUCGACACUACGAAAGUCGGCUAAAAGUCGAAUGGAGAAAAACGUAAGAUCACAAGUGACACGAACGCGAGAUCACUCGACUCUAUUGAACCCGACUAAAGUUUGGAGCGAAAGAUGCAAAAUGCAAGAUUCUGACGCGAAGCAGCCGAGGAAGCUGCAAUACAUCAAAGACGUUCCUCGCUUAUACGUCCAAUGGCGAAACAAAGAAUCGAUGGACAUGAAGGAUGUCCCGACGUUUGCCUGAGGCAAUCAUGCAUCCGUUCCUCCCCGGACAAAGUUCACACGUAACGUGGCAAGGACAAAAAUAAAAGUACGUAACAUUGAUAUAUACUUAUGUUUAUUUUUCUUUACGAACGUACCUUUGUUUCUCUCAGACGAU